CCCGCUCUUCCUGGAUACGAGGCAUCGCGGAGGCGGCUGGCACUCACGCCCGCGCGUGAGGGAGGGUCCGCUGCGCGAAGGCUGGGGCUGGGUCCUGGGGUGCGCGCGACGCCCGGACAGCCCCCGCCGCGGGAGCCCCGUACCAGAGGGAGGCCUCCACAACCCCCCACCUCCCCGCCUCUGCUCGAGCGGCCACCCGCCCGCCCGGGGCCUCUCUGUGGAAACAAGUCAACAUUUGUUACUCGUUCCUCAGCUGCUGAGGACUUAGGGGUGCUUGUGCCACACGGAGUGCUGGGGGACCCCCUCAGGAGAGGGGCACUGCCCACUGACCGCAGGGAGAGGGGCCGGGUGGCGGGGCCGCAGCUGCCCAGGGCGAGGCCUGUCCCAGGAGCGCGCCGGGGAAGCCCACCAGCGCCCUGGGGGCAUGGAGGAGCUCCGGCGCUCCUACAGCCGGCUGUGCAAGGAGGGUGGGGCCGAGCCCCAGGAGGCCGUCUUGCAGCAGCUACACCAGCUGCCGCGGGGCCGGCUGGACCUGGCCACUCAGAGCCUGACAGUGGACACCUGCAGGGCCCUGGGCAAGCUGCUGCAGAAGGAGACGCUGCUGACGGAGCUUGUCCUGAGUGACUGCAUGCUGAGUGAGGAAGGGGCCGCACUGCUGCUCCAGGGGCUGUGUGCCAACGCCGUCGUGCGGCUUCUAGAUCUGAAAGGCAAUAACCUUCAUGCUGCCGGGGCUGAAGCUCUGGGAAGACUCCUCCGACAGAACAAGUGCAUUCAGAACCUCACCCUGGAGUGGAACAACCUGGGUGCGUGGGAAGACGCUUUUGCCGCCUUCUGUGGGGCCCUGGCAGUCAAUAGCGCCCUGCGGCAGCUGGACCUCCGCAACAACCAGAUCAGCCACAAGGGUGCUGCGGAGCUGGCCCUGGCCCUGAAGAGCAACGCCACCCUCCAGCAGCUGGACCUGCGCUGGAACAACGUGGGCCUCCUGGGAGGCCGGGCUCUGGUGAACUGCCUCCCCUGCAACAGAACCCUCUGGAGGCUGGAGCUGGCAGGGAACAGCAUCCCCAGCGACGUCCUCAGAGCUGCGGAGCGAGCCAUGGAUCACAGCCAGGAGCGGCAGGCCGCUCAGCAGGAGAACCAGGCCCGCACGCACACGCUCAGCAAGGAGGUGCGGUGCCUCCGGGAAGAGAAGUCCAAGCAGUUUCUGGGCUUGAUGGAAACCAUCGAUAAGCAGCGAGAAGAGAUGGCCAGGAGCAGCAGGGCAUCAGCAGCACGCAUGGGGCAGCUGCAGGAAGCCUUGAAUGAGAGGCACUCCAUCAUCAAUGCCCUCAAGGCCAAAAGGCCAGGGACCUGGGCGAGCUCCUGGCCACCACAGAGCAGGAGCUGCGGGGCCUGGCACAGAGGCAGGCAAAGGAGCACAGGCGAGAGCAGCAGGAAGCUGCAGAGCGGGAGGCUAAGCUCUUCAGAGACUUGUCUGCUGCCAACGAAAAGAACCUGCUCCUGCAGAACCAGGUAUGGGGGUGUGGAGCCAGGCCUCCCUGGGAGCUCGGGGGCAAGGCUUCCCUCCGUGGGGUCUGCUUUCCAGGUGGACGGACUGGAGCGGAAGGUGAAGACUCAGCAGGAGCAGCUGUUCCUGACCAGGCAGGAGCUGACCGACACGUCGGCCGAGCUGAAGAUGCGGGCUGUCCAGGCGGAGGAGCGCCUGGAGCUGGAGAAGAAGAGGUCCCGGCAGAGCCUGGAGGACUCGGAGCGCCUGCGCCUCAAGGAGGUGGAGCACAUGACUCGCCACCUGGAGGAGAGUGAGAGGGCCAUGCAGGAGCGGGUGCAGAGGCUGGAGGCCUCGAGGCUGUCCCUGGAGGAGGAGCUGAGCCAAGCAAAGGCCGCAGCACUUGGCGAGCGCAGCCAGGCCGAGGAGGAGCUCAUCAAGGCCAAGAGCCAAGUGCGGAUGGAGGAGCAGCAGCGCCUGGCCCACCUGGAGGAGAAGCUGCGGCUGCUGGCGCAGGCGCGGGACGAGGCUCAGAGCACCUGCCUGCAGCAGAAGCAGUCGGUGGCUGAUGCGCAGGCCCGGGCUGGCCAGCUCAGCCUGCAGGUGGAGGGCCUGCAGAGGCGCCUGGAGGAGCUGCAUCAGGAGCUGAGCAACAAGGACCAAGAAAAGGUGGCUGAGGUGGCCAGGGUGCGGGUGGAGCUGCAGGAACAGAACGGCCGCCUGCAGGCCGAACUGACAGCCCUGGAGGCGCUGAAAGAGAAGGCGGCGGCCCUGGAGCGCCAGCUGAAAGUGAUCGCGAGUGACCACCGGGAGGCGCUGCUGGACAGGGAAAGCGAGAACGCCUCCCUUCGGGAGAAGCUUCGGCUUAAGGAAGCUGAGAUCGCCAGGAUCCGCGACGAGGAGGCCCAGAGGGCCGUCUUCCUGCAAAAUGCUGUUCUGGCCUACGUGCAGGGCUCCCCCCUCAGGGCCCUGAGCCCCCAAAAGUGAGGGGAGGCAGGGAGACCAUAAGAGCUGCAGGCAGGUGGCAUCUGCCCACAUCUGGGUUCCAGCUCUGCUGUCCAUUCCUCUCAAGGGACAGGACAUCAGGCAGGUCCACGCUACUGAUGCAGGGUCUUCAGCUGGAAAAUCAGUGCCAAGAUGGACUGGCAAGUGGGAACUCUGCAGCUCGCCACCACUGGGUGGGCAGUCUGACCGGCCAAGGGGAUGGCGUGGGCAUUGCCUGGCCCAGGGAGUGGUGGUGCUGGUGACAGAAGGCUGUUUGCGGGAGCCUGAGCAGUCCCGGCACCACGCGGCCUUGGGCAGCGUUCCCUAGGGCGUUCGGAAAUACAGAACAUGUGUACUUUGUGAUCCA